AUGACCGAGAGAUCAUUGCCUAGAAACGUGAGGACCCCGAAAUCUCGCACGAAGACAUUUACGGGAUGCUGGACCUGCAGAGCCCGCAGAGUCAAAUGCGAUGACGAGCAGCCGCAUUGCCGUCGCUGUCGCACUAGCGGCUGGCAGUGUCAGGGGUACGGCAUGCGUUUGGGAUGGUCUCAAACUCCAGGAAGUCGGUCUCAUCGUCGUCAAUUGAAACCGGGGGCUCCACAAUCCACAGUAGACUUGUCCUCUGCUGCCGUGACGGCUCUCUUGGCGGAACUGGAUGAGUCCUCCGGCGACGGGAGCGCCCAGCAACGGGGACCAUUCUCGGUAUUUUCCGCCUCGGACUGUGCAGUGAAAGACCCCGAGCCCUCAACGGGCAUUGAUUCGAGAAUUUUAUCUUCACCUGUGAAUGAGAGCAGGGAUGAGCCGGGACGCAUAAAAUUUAUUUCAGGCCUGCCUAAUUCAAACACUCUAAUUAUUCCGACAUCUGAAUCUGAGGAAGGUGAUAAAUCUCCGUCGGAACCCAUUCAAGACGCCUUUUCGCAUGCUUCACUGUCACCAUCCCCUUUGACUCAUGGAAAAUCGCCGUCGCCGGUACCGCCCGAGCAUGCUAACGGAGCUUGUUACGAUACAGCUCUUGCUCCAUGCAACUCCCGUCGCACUAUUCCCGACUGCGACCGGGACACAAAAACCCAACAUAACGCUUCUUUAAUUCUAUAUACACUUCCUUUAAUUGGUUCACUUCAUCCCCGACAAUUACCAAGACCAGAGACGGAAUUGAUUCAUCAUUGGGUCGUGUUUAUGAGUGGAAAUAUGCUCUUGAUCGAUACUCCUGACAACCCCUGUCGUACAGUUUUUAUGCCAUUGGCUUUGAAAGGAUUCGAGGACCCUUCCACGGAUUCUAGUAUACAUCAUUCUAUCUUCCACGCUAUAUGUGCAUCGUCAGCAUUCAGCCUGUUUCAUCUUCGACGCGAUCGCCAAUAUCAAUCCAUUGCUAUGCAUCACGACCAGCUGGCCUUGCGACAUCUGAGAGAAAACUUGCAACGAGCAAAGCGCCUGGAUGAACCAACUCUGGCUGCCGUUCUAACAUGCAUUACAGCUGAAGCAAUGUCAGGACGACGGAGUCGGUGGAGAGCCCACGUUGCUGGUGGACUUGGUCUUUUAGAAAAUGAGAUGCAUGACGGUUGGAUACGAAGUCCAACAGCAUCUCGCUUACUUCAGAGCUAUAUUUCACUUUCAUCGCUUUGCAACUUACCCAUGUCCACCCAGUUGAUGUCGCUCCUUGACGGCCCUCCUGAAUUACAGCACUAUCUCGAGCGGUCGCAUGGUGUCACGGCACCUCUUAUAAAGUUUUUAACACGGAUUCAGGCACUUGUGGACUCCGGCGCUGUUAUUUCAACAGAGGAACUGGAUCGGUUGGAGGUGCAGCUUUACCUCAACUUUCCAUCUCUGUCUGCACCGGAUGCUCAUGGUUCUGUUAUUAUCCAACAUGCGCUGAACUCGUUCUAUUACGCUUCUAUCAUUUUCUUUCGACGGAUGUUACGACAUGCGGCUUUGAGUGAAGUGCAGGAUAUAGUCGAGAAAGCAGUGCAAGAAUUGGAGGCGGUUGAUACUUUGACCCACAACAAGAAAGGUGGCUGUGCCUACAACUGGGCCAGUUUUGUUGUGGCGGCAGAAUGCCAGAAGCCCGAUCUGCAGGCCAGGAUGAUGGCUUGCUGGGAUCGCAAAACACGUCACGGAAUCCAAAGUAUCACUAUUCUAAGUGAAACUCUGAAAGCGCUUUGGCAUCGACGAGAGCAGGCUGGGCCAUACAGAGAUAUUCAUUGGCAGGAGAUAGCCCAAGAAGCUGAUUUCGAUUUCAUGCUUGUAUAA